UAUCCCCACUGCAAGACUCCUCUGUAUUGUGUGCUUUAGCUGUUAGCUUCACUUGAAGACAAGUAGGGUGUUAACAGAGUCCAAGAGGAAGCCCUCAUUUUCCCAGCAGUGUUUGCCUCCCAGAAGAUGUCAACAUGGAGCCCAAGCCACCUUUUUUCCCAGGGCAAAAGUGUGGAUGCCACCCAUGAAUCCAAAAGGCUCCCUGACUAUUAAAACCAAAUGUAAAUGCCUGAGAAAUAGUUCUCCCCGUUCUUCCCUGCUGUCCUUGUGUGUUGCUGUGAAGCUGGGAGGUGUAACACGCCUGGAAUGCUGUUUGGGUGAGCAGAUGUUUGGCUGUGAGAGCAGCCAGAGAUUGCUCUAAGCUCUUUUCUAUCGACAGAGCAUUUCAGAUGUGACUGCAGCCAGGAGAAGCAGCAUGGCGAUAGGUGAAGACCCCAAUAAGAGCUAGCUUGGAGGUAAACCACAGGAACGUGUUUUUCUCCUUGGAACAAACAUCUCCAACCAGCAGCCUCCUCCAUAAGGGGCUUUUUAACACUAUUUCCCCUGCUUUUCAAAUAUGCCAUUGAAUGAAGCCCUUCUGGCUGCUGGACUGAAUAAACAGUGACCCCAUGCCCCAAACAGGAGUGGCUUCCCUCCUAGGUCUGCUGAAGAUGACGAUUUCAGGGGCUUGAUCUGCAGCACCAUGCUGGAUCCCAAGCCUCACUCUGCAAGCUGGAGGUGAAUCCAGGUGAAAGCCAGCAAUUACACCAAGUGUCAGGAUGACCAAAGCACGGCUCCUCCGUCUCUCUGUGGUGCUGGUCUCCAUCUUCAUGAUCCUCCUGAUCAUUGUGUACUGGGACAACGUGGGAACAGCUCACUUCUACCUGCAUACAUCCUUCUCCAGGCCUCAUUCCCCUGGUAUCACGGCAGGCGAAGACUGGGAAGCCUUGCCAGAUGUGGAUGAAUUUUUGGCAAAGCUGCUUAGUUCGAGCCUGAAACAGAAUAGCUCUACCCCAAGAAAGACAGAGCAGCUACUUGUCCAGGGCUCCAGCAAGCCUGUGGCAAGUAAUUUGGAGGAGAACGUGCGGGGCUAUGACUGGUCUACACACAAUGAUAGGAACAGCUUGGACCAAGAACAAGUGCAGAUAGAGAGGCAGAGAACGUUGAAGGAGUUUUGUGCCAAUUCCAGCUUCACCUUCCCCACCAAGGAGCGCUCCUUUGAUGACAUCCCAAACUAUGAGCUCAACCACCUGAUCGUGGAUGACCGCCAUGGCAUUAUCUACUGUUAUGUCCCCAAGGUGGCCUGCACCAACUGGAAGCGGGUGAUGAUUGUGCUAAGUGAGAGCCUGCUAGACCAGGGUAUCCCAUACCGGAACCCUUUGGAUAUCCCCCGGGAACAUGUCCACAACACCAGCACCCACUUGACGUUCAACAAAUUCUGGCGGCGCUAUGGGAAGUUCUCCCGGCACCUCAUGAAGAUCAAGCUAAAGAAGUACACCAAGUUCCUCUUUGUACGGGACCCUUUCGUCCGCCUCAUCUCUGCCUUUCGCAGCAAAUUUGAGCUGGAGAAUGAGGAAUUCUACCGGCGUUUUGCCAUCCCCAUGCUCAAGCUGUACUCCAACCAUACUAACCUUCCCGCCUCCGUUAGCGAGGCCUUUGGGGCAGGCCUCAAAGUCUCCUUUUCUGACUUCAUCCAGUACUUACUGGAUCCCAGGACAGAGAAGAUGGCCCCUUUCAAUGAGCAUUGGAGGCAGGUUUACCGUCUGUGCCAUCCGUGCCAGAUAGACUAUGAUUUCAUCGGCAAGCUGGAGACGCUGGAUGAGGAUGCUGCUUAUCUAUUGCAGCUCCUCAAGGUGGACAGGCUGCUUCGCUUCCCCCCCAGCUACCGGAACAGGACUGCCAGCAGCUGGGAAGAUAACUGGUUUGCCAAAAUCCCCCUGGCUUGGAGGCAGCAGCUCUACAAGCUUUAUGAAGCAGAUUUUGUACUCUUUGGCUACCCCAAACCAGAAAACUUGCUUAAAGACUGAAAGUGAUUGGAUGGGGGCGGGUAUGGGAGGGAACAUCUGAAAUACCAAAAAUGUUUAAAGCCUCCUCAUUUUUGCUCUUAACUCCCUUCCCCAUACAGGUUGGUACAAUGGAAUCUAUUUUUUCUACUGCUUCCCCUUCCAUUUUUGCAAUAAUGCCAGAGUCCAGGGUAUUCCAGCCAGCUGUGCACAUGCAAAAAAACAAACAAAUGCCAUUUUGGUUUGGGUUCGAAUUUGGUUUGUGAUUUUUAAAUGCCCCCAUGUUUUGCAAUGGGUUGCUGCCCUCGGUCACUCUGCCAGCUGUGUCCUUCGAGUAGCUUUUUAUUAAUACUUUUUAAAAAUUAAUAUAUUUAAGAUAUUUAAUACAAAGUGUGUGUCGUGGCAAAGGAAGGGAAGGAAUAAAGGAAAAAAAACAGUAAAAGAAAAACCCAAGAAAUGA